AUGGCUCGACGAAUCAACCGAGCACUCAUCCAAUUCCCCAUCUUUUGUGGCCUACUAUUAUUCAUCCUCUUCCUCAACAGGCCUCAACGAUUAACCGACAAAUCGUUCUCAUGGAAUAUAAUCCGGUACAAGACUACCGCUCAUUCUUUACCCGACAAUCGCGGGGUAUGUCCGCGCCUGGCUACUAACAAAAAGCCGGCAUUGGUUGUCGCUCGCGUUGCAAGCGACGGCGAUCCAAAAUGGACGGACGCAUUGACUGACAAGUACCAUCUCUGUGUAUACACUGUCGAUGCACCGAUUGACAAGACGUCGAACUAUCUACAAGUCCCGGCCAAUCGGGGCCAUGAAGCAAUGGCUUACCUUACAUUUAUAAUCGAUAAUUACGACCACAUCCCUGAGGCAGGCGUGGUGUUUGUCCAUGGUUCGCGCUGGGCAUGGCACAAUGACCAACCUACGUAUGACAAUGCAGCACUUUUAGCAGCACUUGAUAUUUCCUCAGCACUUAGUUCAUGGGGCUAUCAUAAUCUACGGUGUGACUGGAGUGUUCAAAUAAGCCCGUGGGAUGCACGCGCAGUAUCCGACAAUGCUCUUCCGAGUGCAUUAGUGUCUAUUUUCGGGGGCAAUGAAGCCGCCUCAAAGAAGGAUAGUAGUAGUAAUGCGAUGCUCGGCCGGCAAGACAUUUUGCGCUCGCAAUGCUGUGCGCAAUUUGUUGUUUCCAAAGAAAAUAUUCUGCAACACUCGCGCGAUGAAUACGUUGCUUUGAGACAAUGGCUUUUAGACUCCCGAGACAUCAGCAAAACUGCUGCACCGCGUGAUGACCGCGUCGCCGGGCGAAUCAUUUCGUAUGUCUGGCACAUUCUUUUCAUCGCGCAUGAAGAGGAUACAAAUGGCGUGUCUCUCGAGCGACUAAACCGUGUCGCAUGCCCGCAUGCUGACGAAUGCUAUUGUCGCUUAUAUGGACGCUGUGAUCUAGAGCAUUGUACUGCGGGCAGCUGUCGUGGACAAUAUAGGAUACCGCCGGAUUUCAGAUUACCGGAUGAUUGGGCAGUGACGCAUCCUUAA